GCCCGGGCGGGCGGCGGCGACGGCGGCGGCGUUAGGACUCGGGGGACACCGCCCCCCGGCCCCCGCGUCCCGCCCCGCCCAGCCUCGCGCCUCAGUUCGCGCCGCGCCUGGGCUCGGAGCGCAGCGGCGCCGGCUCCCGCAGACCGAGCUCAGCCAGCCCCGGGAGCCCAGCGGCGCGCACUGCCUGCAGCCGCGCCGGCGAUGCGGGGCCGCCCCGCGCCCGCCCGAGUCCCGGCUCCCGCGCCCGCGGGAAGGGGCUGAGCAGCCCGCCGCCCGGAUGGGGAGCCUCGGCGCGCUUGCCCUCUGCCUGCUCCGGCUCCUGCUCCUGGGGCUGCAGGGACAGCCGCUGCCCGGCGCCCGAGCGCAGAGCACCGCAGGUGGCUGUUCUUUUGAUGAGCACUACAGCAACUGUGGAUAUAGUGUGGCUCUGGGGACCAAUGGGUUUACCUGGGAGCAGAUUAACACAUGGGAGAAGCCAAUGCUGGACCCAGCUGUGCCCACAGGGUCCUUCAUGAUGGUCAACAGCUCUGGAAGGGCUUCAGGCCAGAAAGCCCAUCUUCUUCUGCCGACCCUGAAGGAGAACGACACGCACUGCAUUGACUUCCAUUACUACUUCUCCAGUCGGGAUCGCUCUAGCCCAGGAGCCUUGAAUGUCUACGUGAAGGUCAACGGUGGUCCCCAAGGGAACCCUGUCUGGAAUGUGUCUGGGGUUGUCACCGAGGGCUGGGUGAAAGCAGAACUUGCCAUCAGCACCUUCUGGCCUCAUUUCUACCAGGUGAUAUUUGAAUCCGUCUCUUUGAAGGGUCAUCCUGGUUACAUCGCUGUGGACGAGGUCCGGGUCCUUGCUCAUCCAUGCAGAAAAGCACCUCAUUUCCUGCGACUCCAAAAUGUUGAGGUGAAUGUCGGGCAGAAUGCCACUUUUCAGUGCAUUGCUGGUGGGAAGUGGUCUCAGCAUGACAAACUUUGGCUCCAGCAAUGGAAUGGCAGAGACACGGCCCUCAUGGUCACUCGUGUGGUCAACCACAGGCGCUUCUCAGCCACAGUCAGUGUAGCAGACACCUCUCAACGCAGUGUCUCCAAGUAUCGCUGUGUAAUCCGCUCAGAUGGUGGGUCUGGUGUGUCCAACUACGCAGAGCUGAUCGUGAAAGAGCCUCCCACACCCAUUGCCCCCCCAGAACUGCUGGCAGUGGGAGCCACCUACCUGUGGAUUAAGCCAAAUGCCAACUCCAUUAUUGGGGAUGGCCCUAUCAUUCUGAAGGAAGUAGAGUACCGCACUACCACAGGCACCUGGGCCGAGACCCACAUUGUGGAUUCUCCCAACUACAAGCUCUGGCAUCUGGACCCUGAUGUGGAGUAUGAGAUCCGGGUGCUGCUCACACGACCAGGCGAGGGGGGCACAGGACCACCAGGGCCUCCCCUCACCACCAGGACCAAGUGUGCCGAUCCUGUGCACGGCCCUCAGAAUGUGGAGAUUGUGGACAUUCGGGCCAGGCAGCUGACCCUGCAGUGGGAACCCUUUGGCUACGCAGUGACCCGCUGCCACAGCUACAACCUCACAGUACAGUACCAGUACGUGUUCAACCAGCAGCAGUAUGAGGCUGAGGAGGUGAUCCAGACUUCUUCCCACUAUACCCUGCGGGGUCUACGACCCUUCAUGACCAUCAGACUGCGGUUGCUGCUGUCCAACCCCGAGGGCCGGAUGGAGAGUGAGGAGUUGGUGGUCCAGACCGAGGAGGAUGUUCCAGGAGCUGUUCCUCUUGAGUCCAUCCAAGGGGGGCCCUUUGAGGAGAAGAUCUACAUCCAGUGGAAACCUCCCAAUGAGACCAAUGGAGUCAUCACACUCUAUGAGAUUAACUACAAGGCUGUUGGCUCACUGGAUCCAAGCGCUGACCUGUCCAGCCAGAGGGGGAAAGUGUUCAAACUCCGGAAUGAAACUCACCACCUCUUUGUGGGUCUGUACCCGGGGACCACCUACUCCUUCACCAUCAAGGCCAGCACAGCCAAGGGCUUCGGGCCCCCUGUCACCGCUCGGAUUGCCACCAAGAUCUCAGCUCCAUCGAUGCCUGAAUACGAUGCAGACACACCACUUAAUGAAACGGACACAACCAUCACAGUGAUGCUCAAACCUGCCCAGUCACGGGGAGCCCCAGUCAGUGUUUACCAACUGGUUGUCAAGGAGGAGCGACUUCAGAAGUCCCGGAGAGCAGCUGACAUCAUCGAGUGUUUCUCUGUGCCUGUGAGCUACCGGAAUGCCUCCAACCUCGAUUCUCUACACUAUUUUGCUGCAGAGUUGAAGCCCUCCAACCUGCCUGUCACCCAGCCAUUUACAGUGGGAGACAACAAGACAUACAAUGGCUAUUGGAACCCUCCCCUCUCCCCAUUGAAGAGCUACAGCAUCUACUUCCAGGCACUCAGCAAAGCAAAUGGAGAGACAAAAAUCAACUGUGUGCGUCUGGCUACGAAAGCACCAAUGGGCAGCGCCCAGGUGACCCCGGGGACUCCACUCUGCCUCCUCACCACAGGUGCCUCCACCCAGAACUCGAACACUGUGGAGCCAGAGAAGCAGGUGGACAACACGGUGAAGAUGGCAGGUGUGAUCGCUGGCCUCCUCAUGUUCAUCAUCAUUCUCCUGGGUGUGAUGCUGACCAUCAAAAGGAGAAGAAAUGCUUAUUCCUACUCCUAUUACUUGAAGCUGGCUAAGAAGCAGAAGGAGACACAGAGUGGAGCCCAGAGGGAGAUGGGCCCUGUGGCCUCAGCUGACAAGCCCACCACCAAGCUCAGCACCAACCGCAAUGAUGAAGGCUUCUCCUCCAGUUCUCAGGACGUUAAUGGAUUCACAGAUGGCAGUCGUGGGGAGCUGUCCCAGCCCACCCUCACCAUUCAGACUCACCCCUACCGGACCUGUGACCCUGUAGAGAUGAGCUACCCCCGGGACCAGUUCCAGCCUGCCAUCCGAGUGGCAGACCUGCUUCAGCACAUCACCCAGAUGAAACGAGGCCAGGGCUACGGGUUCAAGGAGGAAUACGAGGCCUUACCAGAGGGACAGACAGCUUCAUGGGACACAGCCAAGGAAGAUGAAAACCGCAAUAAGAAUCGAUAUGGGAACAUCAUUUCCUAUGACCACUCCCGGGUGAGGCUGUUGGUGCUGGAUGGAGACCCCCACUCUGACUACAUCAAUGCCAACUACAUUGAUGGGUACCACCGACCCCGACACUACAUUGCAACCCAAGGUCCAAUGCAAGAGACCGUGAAGGACUUCUGGAGAAUGAUCUGGCAGGAAAACUCUGCCAGCAUCGUCAUGGUCACAAACCUUGUGGAAGUGGGCAGGCACCCAGCGGAACACACUGUGGGAAAUGCCACGCUAGGCCGUGCGUCGUCCCCCGGAAUGGUAAAGUGUGUACGAUACUGGCCAGAUGACACAGAGGUCUAUGGAGACAUUAAAGUCACCCUAAUUGAAACAGAGCCCCUGGCAGAAUAUGUCAUCCGAACUUUCACCGUCCAGAAGAAAGGCUACCACGAAAUCCGGGAGCUCCGCCUCUUCCACUUCACCAGCUGGCCUGACCAUGGUGUUCCCUGCUAUGCCACUGGCCUUCUGGGCUUCGUUCGCCAGGUCAAGUUCCUCAAUCCCCCAGAAGCCGGGCCCAUAGUGGUCCAUUGCAGUGCUGGAGCCGGGAGGACUGGCUGCUUCAUUGCCAUUGACACCAUGCUCGACAUGGCUGAGAACGAAGGGGUGGUGGACAUCUUCAACUGUGUGCGUGAGCUCCGAGCACAGAGGGUCAACCUGGUGCAGACUGAGGAGCAGUAUGUGUUUGUGCAUGAUGCCAUCCUAGAAGCAUGCCUCUGCGGCAACACCGCCAUCCCUGUGUGUGAGUUCCGCUCUCUCUACUACAACAUCAGCAGGCUGGACCCCCAGACUAACUCCAGCCAAAUCAAAGAUGAGUUUCAGACACUCAACAUCGUGACACCUCGAGUGAGGCCUGAGGACUGUAGCAUUGGGCUCUUACCCCGGAACCAUGAUAAGAAUCGGAGCAUGGAUGUCCUGCCUCUCGACCGCUGCCUACCUUUCCUCAUCUCAGUAGAUGGAGAAUCCAGCAAUUAUAUCAACGCAGCAUUGAUGGAUAGCCACAAGCAGCCUGCCGCCUUUGUGGUCACCCAGCACCCUCUACCCAACACUGUGGCAGACUUCUGGAGGCUGGUGUUUGAUUAUAAUUGCUCCUCUGUGGUGAUGCUGAAUGAGAUGGACUCUGCUCAGCUCUGUAUGCAGUACUGGCCUGAGAAGACUUCUGGGUGUUAUGGUCCCAUCCAGGUGGAGUUUGUCUCUGCAGACAUUGAUGAGGACAUCAUCCACAGAAUUUUCCGUAUCUGUAACAUGGCUCGGCCACAGGAUGGUUAUCGUAUUGUCCAGCACCUCCAGUACAUUGGCUGGCCUGCAUACCGGGACACACCCCCUUCCAAGCGCUCUCUGCUCAAAGUGGUCCGACGGCUGGAGAAGUGGCAGGAGCAGUAUGAUGGGAGAGAGGGACGCACCGUGGUCCACUGCCUAAAUGGAGGAGGCCGCAGUGGAACCUUCUGUGCUAUCUGCAGUGUGUGUGAGAUGAUCCAGCAACAGAACAUCAUAGACGUAUUCCACAUUGUGAAAACACUACGCAACAACAAAUCCAACAUGGUGGAGACACUGGAACAGUAUAAAUUUGUAUAUGAGGUGGCACUGGAAUAUUUAAGCUCCUUUUAGCCCAAUUGGAUGGAGAACCUGCCAGAGUCCAGAGGCUGAUGGAGCCGACCCUCUUUUUCUGUGACUGACAAUGACUGGUCUCAAGAGGUGGCACACCUGCCCAGCUCCAAGAAGAAGACUGGUGGUCUCAUGUUCGGCAGUAGGCUCUGCAGCUUCUGGCAGGUCUUCUGUAGCUGUGGGAGAUGCUGCUCUGAUGGGGCCCGAGCUUCCCUGCCACACCUGACAACAUUGGGCCCACAGAAGUUUAUCCACAAGCAAGGCCCUGGACUUCCGAUCCCCAGACCUCUUGCUUUUGUUCUUCCUGAGUUUGUUAAUCUCAUGGCAAGCUGACUGUGCAGGCCCUGGGGUGUGGGGAACUAGCCAGCCCUUCCCUUGCUGUCCUUAGGAGUGCUGGGGUUUCAUCACGCUAUCUUUCAAAAGAUUAUAGUUUGGAGGAUCACUGGGUUAUUGGUUUCUAUAAUCUCCUACAGGGGCCUCUGGCAUGAGACACCUGCCAGUUUGGAUCAGUGUAACUUCUGGAUAUCCCCUAGACAACAGCAGGGGUCCUCUUCAUCUCAUACCUAACUUGUGCUGGGCUUGACUCAUAACUCCCAUAUCCAGCCAGGACUUGACCUUCUGUAUUAUCCUGACCAACCAGCUGUAUCCACAUCACACUUUGGCAAAGGUUUCCUUUGCUUUUCCAUAGUCUCUAGGGGAGGAAGAUUCAUAGGAAAUGUUGCAGUAUCUUUUUAUUCUUUGUAGAAAGGGCCGCCCUCCUGGGCAGGGCUCUGGCUGGUCUGUAUAGUGUAAUCCUGUGCUUCCUAGGUGGCACUUUCUAUGGGAAAGACAAACAAGAAAAGCUUUGUGUAUUCUCCCAAGUACAUAUGAAAAGAAACUCUUAUGAGAAUAUAAAAAUCCCAUAUUCUCUUAUGUCAAGAAAAAAAAAAAGAAAGAAAAGAAAAAGGUAGGAUGGCCGUUUGAAUGUGUGGCUGUAAGAUAAAUUUCUUGGGCUUAUGAUAUUUCCUGGCCAUACCCUUGAAAAGUCCCACUGAUAGCACAGCCAUUGAACAAGUAAAGUUACAUCCCUGGGAUUGGUCCCUGGUUUGGGGGAAAAAUACAGCAACAGCUUCAUAAUUUGUCUCUCCAAAUCUGUACUCUUUCCUAAAGAAAUCCAGCUACCAUUUUGAAAAUGGCUACUGUGGCCCCAAGUUUGCGUCUAAUACAAUAAGUGGGUUUAGGCCUGUGGCUCUGAGUCUUGCCCAAAGAAUGAAUAAAUCAAGAAAAGGGAGAAGACAUUUGGGAAGCAUUUUCUGCAAGCCAAGUGCCAUGCUUAUCACCUCCUGUAUGACAUCUCAUGUAGUCUGUAGCACUCCGAGAAAGGGUUUGUAUCAACUCCAUUUUGUAAUUGAAGAAACCCGUGCACCUUCUUCAGUGAGGGGAUUCUGGAUUCAAAAAGGCAGGUAAUGGCAAGGAAACCUCCCUGCCAUUUUCCUCAUGCUUUCUCAGCCAGGCAAUUAUUUUAUGGAAGAAAAAAUAAGGCUAGAAACUUCUGAGCAGAGAGAGAAUUCCAUGAGUAGAAAAUUUAAUCUUUCUGUCUGAUACUGGUUCUUCUUGGUAGCCCAAACUUUCAGAAAUAUUUUAUUAACUCAUUCCCAGUUCCCCAGGAAAGCUAGUCUUAUCUAAUUUCUUCAUUGCUAAAAACAAUUCUCAUGUUGCCUCAGGCUACAAGGGAGCCAGCCUGGGAAUCUCUCUAGCCAGGGCUGAGCCACACUAUUUGACAGCCUUAAUAGCCAGGGGUCUAGGAGGCUCUAUCUUGCAGACUGAUCUAGCUGCAAAGUAUGAGGAACACAGAAUCCAAUAAGGUACACAUCUUGCCUUCAGGCCCCCGGUAUACUAGGAAAGCUGAGCCACAUUGUAAUAGUGGAACAUACAAGCAUCCAAUGAGCCUAGACAUGAGAGUAACUCACUCUGCCUAGAGCUUCCUAGGCAACAUCCAUUCCAGCUGGGUCUCAACAGAUAGAAAAGAAAAAAAGGAAAUUCAAGCCAGGGGGGUUAAUGUGCACAAUGGUAAAGAGAAGUGAGAAGGUAUCAAGAGGGACAGAUGGUGGGAGGUCAGCUGAGCUAGAAUGGAGCAGGACAGGGAUAAUAGCAGGAAGGUAGCCAGAGCCAGGGAGGAAAUAUAAAGGGCACGAUCAUUACCCUGCAGGCAACAAGAAGCUGGCAGAGCUCAACAGUGAUGCACUCAAUUUUAGAGAAGGCUCCUUCUGGACCAGUAGUACAGCAUCCUUUUCUUUCAUCAAACACUGUGAAAACAUCCCCCUCAGCACAUGUGUUUAAUAUGUUACGUGUGUGUGUGUGUGUGUGUGUGUGUGUGUGUGUGUGUGUGUGUGUGUGUUCAUUAUUUUGUUGCUGGAACAAAUAAGGAGUGGAUCAUAAAACUCCACUCUUGUGUAAAACCCUGUGUCUCUGCUCUACCAUGGAGCAGGGUCAACAACCCUGGCCUCUAAGCCUAUGAGGACAGGACAUGAAAGGACACCAGGGAACCAGCUUCUGUUGGCAUGAUCCCAGGAUCUGUCUAGAAGUCCAAGAAUACCAUACUUGAUCAAGGAAGGCCGUCACUUUGGAGGUUCAAAAGAAAACAUCUCAAAGCAAAGGCAAGGAAAGGAGUCCCCUGAUUUAUUCUUCUCCUUUAAUGGGCCUCUUACCAAGUAGAUUUGAGUAUAUCCCCAGGCCCCAGCCCCCACUGGUCCUUCUCACUUCCUAUGGCUUUUGUCUCCUAUCCCAAAUGGACUUCCCUCUAGCCUACAGGAGUCCGUAGCAUAGCCAAACGGCAUGUUGCGUGCUAUUUCCUCAGAUUUUGGCCAAUUCCAACGGGGAGAAGGUAGAGGGAGGAUUAUUUAAUACAAAUCCAAGGAUUCAUUCUGCUGAGGAAGGGGUGAAAGAGCUGACACAUAAAGAUGACAGUGGUCUCAAUCAUUUCAAAUGAUGGGAAUUUGAAGAGUAACUUCAGGGGAAGGAAAUGUGUGAAAAUUCAGGCUGUGCUGAGGGAACUCACCAAGGGUUAACCCAUCCCCUUAUUUUCUCACAACACAACCACCCUCAAAGGGUGGUUGUUUUAGACCAGUGUACACAAAAAGAAAAUGAGGCGCAUGGAUAGAAAUGACAUUCUCCAGAUCCAUGUGGAAAACAUGCAGAGGGCUUAGAUGAAAUGGAAUGGUACUAAGGAAUUUAUAGGAGAUUUUCCCCCAGGAAGUCUCCCAAGAAAAUCCACCUUCCAAGAGUCUUUUCUCAUCCAACUCCAUUUAUAGGGUGGGCUCAGCUUUACAUGAGCAAAGGAAAGGUGCCAAAGAGAAUCCUCACGUAGCUAAGGUCUUCCUAUUGGUCUCUACUGGAAUCUAAAUGGAAAAAAUGUAAAGUAUAAAUGAGAUACUCUGAACUGCCCCCACUUGGGUGUGUUUAUGGCCUACAUGGCUUUAGGUUGGAUCAUAGCUGCAUCUCAACAUGAAGUUUUUUUUUUUUUUUUUUUUACCUCUACUGAUAGGAUUAUUAUGGAUGAGGUAGGAGGAACCUGUCAGCCUCUAGACAGCCACAGGAGGCCCCCUUUUAUAGGAAUAAGAGGCCACUUGCUUCAGGUGUUAACCCUCACUGUGGGCCUGAACAAUCAAUGACCAAUCAGAUGUCACCUACUUGUGGAACCAGCAGACUGCUGUGGACUCUAAAACAUGAGGUGACUCUUCCAACAUUCCUGAAGUAUCUGUGACUGUGGCCAUUACUACUUUACUGAUGAGAAAACAAAUCUAGAAAGGGAACUCACUUGCCCAUAUAAGCAAACUUGACCUGGUUUACUGAACACAGAGACAAUAUUCUUCCACCAUAGUAUCUGGGAUUUUUCCACAUGAUUACUCUUAGCAAGAGAGACAAGAGUGAAACUAAUGACUCAGAAGAUACUGGUAAAGCCCAGUGAAGACAAUGGUCAGCUUCAAAUCCCUUUAGCGCCUCAUGUUUUACAUUCAUGAUAUAUUUGAAAUCUAUUUGCUAGUUUAGUCUCAGUAGUUUAUGACUACAUAAAUAUAUAUUUAUCUGCUUUUAUCUCAUGCAUCUCUCUGAUGGACCUUAAGGAAUGAUAUCUCGUCCAAGGCAAGGCACCUGGCCAUGCUUUUUCCUCCUGAGGUCAAUUCUAAACUUAAGUUCACACCAACUUAUACUCCCCCAGGCACAUUCCCUGCUGUGGGGGUAUCCUGAGUACACCUGAGAUUCAGCUAAGAUCUCUUCUUCUUACAGAGGGCUCUGCAAGGUACCCACUGACCGACUAGAAUAAUGAGGACUUACCUGCCUGGCAUGAGGAAGGUUGAGCUCAUAAAACCCUAAAUACAAAGGAGAAGCCAGAUGCAGCCUUACUCAGGUCCUUGAAUGCUGAGGAGUGUCUAAUGUCUUAGUAGAGUCUUAUGUCUUCUGAUGUCGGCAAAUCUUAGGACACAUGUUACAUGAACAUAUGGAAUCUUAAACACCCUUCACUUUAAUUAGCUCCAUACAAUCCUUGGGUUCCUAUAGCAUUCAGCACUCUAGACAGGUACCACUAGGAGGUACAGCUCACUAUGGUACACCAUGGUAAAUAGAAUAAGAGCUUGAUGUUUGUUUUGAACUUCAACUUUACGAUAUUUCAGACUAUAAAAUAUCAGGCUAAACAGUACAUGGGAAAGGGAACAUGAGCAAAAAUCCUUGGCCAGGUUAUAAGGGGUUAAUCUGGAAGGCUAGGGCAGGAAAACAGGAAGGCAAAUUGAAACUCAAUGUCUCCUCAGAAGCCUGGAUGCUUAGAGGAUGUGUAGCUGAGUGUUAACCUAAAUGACAUGAGGCUAGAAUAAAGAAAGCCACCCUUCAUUAGCCUGGAGCUGGCCACCCCUGCUAACCAAACAGGUCCAGCACCAAGCCAAAACAAAUUCCAUACUGCAGAUAUGUCUAGAUCCAAGGCUAAACAUGAAUGGGAUGCUGAUCCUAUGCCAUAAGAUCAACAGAGUAUACUGAGCCAAGAUCCCUAAGAAUGAGUCACCAACCCAAAACAAUAGGCAAGCUAAAAGUUAAAAUGGAGAUAGAAAUGCCAUCUCAAAGCCCUGGCUUGCCUAUCCCAUUGACCAAUCAAUGUGAGGCCCUCCUUAGCCUCUUACCAGCUCCAACUCCUAGUCAAGUAUAGCAGAAAAAUGGAAAAAGUAAAUUCAAUCAUAGACCAACUGAGAUUCAGCCUUGUUUGUAUAGGUGCCCUGUGUGAGGUCAUCUCUAGAUACAUAUCAAAAUAUCAAAAAUUAUAAAACUCAGAGCCUUUACUUUACCUAACAUGGUAUCACCUUUGAAAUCUUAUCCUUUCUGAAUGAGAGAGAGACAGAGAGAGUGAGAGAGUAUGUGUGUGUGUGUGUGUGUGUGUGUGUGUGUGUGUGUGUGUGUGUGUGUGUGUGUGUGUCAGUGGACAGUUGGGGAGAGAGAUAAUAGUUUAAACUUGAGUUUUCUCUAGCACAUAUUUCCAGGUCAUGGAGCUGAUCCUCAGAACACAGCACAAAUGUCUCUGUCAUAUCAAUGUACGAAAAUAAGCUCUUUCAGUUUCUUGGUAAGCGUGGAUAGACUCUUGCAUGACAGUGGCUAUAUAAUUGUAUUGUAGAGACCAAGACCAUCUCUUGCAUAUCUCCUGUCAACUUCACAUUCACCCCUAAAAUCCACCCAUGAAUAUUAGGUGUCCAACAGGCGGAGUCAGUAUUCACAUUGAUAGCCCCCCAAACCAAACCUGGCACUACUUUACUUGGCAUGGAUCCACCUAAGAACUUAGUGGUAGUCCACUGUAGCUGGUACAGAGGAUAGGCAAAGAUCAGGAUGGAAGACAUCUACUAGAAAAGACUUUGGGAGAUGGUUAACCAUGAGGCUUCCUUCUGGAUCUGAGAGCCACUCUAGUAUUCGUUGGAAUGUUCAGAGAAUGAAGCCUAGGGGCCUUGGAAUAUUGGACAGCAAAAUAAUGGUAUGAGAUCCGGGCAUUCGGGUAAUGUAGAUCAUGAUUCUUCAGUGAGAAUAAUUUCUAGGGGCUUUGUGAGCAGAUUUGUGUUAGUCUAGAAAAAUGUCAACCUCCUGAAGGAACAGGCAGGAUACUAGUAUCCAUAAUCUUCAUAAGACUGCAGAUGCUUGGAGUCCAGCAGAGUUUGCUACCUUGCUUAUUCCUAUGAGGGGUGCUAAGGUGAGUGAGGAAACAGUACCUGUGAGAAAGAACUUCAUGACUUCCAGAGAGCAUGGCUGCCCAUCUCAGCAGCUUCCUAGCAGAAGCUGGUCUUCUCCAUCUGCUAGGAGAAGGUCUUCAUCUGAAGUGAAGCAGCAGAUUGCUGUGAUAGACUUCAGGUCACUUUCAAUCCUUGCAGAGUGAGAGUCAUGUUUGAACUGGUCCCUGUAAACUGCAAGCUAAGCAGGUCAUGCUUGGUUUGUGAGGAGGAAGCACCCCUGCUUUUCCAAUCAAGUCUUCUGCUUAUAGCAAUCAAAAGACAGCUCUAACUGCAUAUCUCACCAGUCACAGGGCUCCUUGGCCAUACACUUGAUGCUUACUUCCAUCUCUAAGUAGGGCAGCCAUCACCUAGACUCAUUGGCUGUCAAAGCCCUCAAUGAUAGCCAGAACCAAUAAAGAUCUCGGCAGGAGUCAUAACAGUAUAUCACUUCUUGCACACUAACUCCAAAGGUUAAUUCAGCCCUCACUCCCUACUCAAGGCCUGUAGGAAAAGAUUUCAAAAGCACAGUGAUUCUGUUGGCACCCAAUCAUAGUCAUUCCCAGUGCAUAUAGUUUAUUGCCAACUGGAUCUUGGGAUAGCCCAGGUUAACUCAUGUUUAUAAUCAGGCUCAAAGCCACAUUUUAUCUUCUCUCUUCACUCUGUAUCUCAGUAGCCAAUCAAAGGUACAGUCAUAGCUUCUACGGUUGCUUUGGCUACUGGAUACCAGUACAGCUCUCAAUGGGCUAUCAUAAGGUUCCCAGUCUACACUAGGGAGGCUGAAAUUUUCAUAGCCAUAUGGCAUAUGAUAUCAAAUGACACCAAAGCCUCCACACUGUUUGAAGCCUCCACAUAUCCCAAUGGCCUGCGCUUGUACAGUUUGGGUGUUUGAUAGAUAAAGCACUUAUGAGAAGAGAAAACAAAAUAAAUCAACUUCAAAAAAAAUAAAGCCAGCACUGUGCUGUCGAUGUUCUUUUGUUUUUUUGUUGUUUUUCCUUUUUCUUUCCAGUUCUAGCUUAAAAAAAAAAAAACAGAAGGUAAAUAAUGUCAGGUCAAUGAAUAUCAGAUAUAUUUUUUGACUGUACAUUAAAGUGAUGUGUAAUCUUUUUACACCUGCAAGUCCAUCUUAUUUAUUCUUGUAAAUGUUCCCUGACAAUGUUUGUAAUAUGGCUGUGUUAAAAAAAUCUAUACAAUAAAGCUGUGACCCUGAGA